UCAAGUUGCGCGCCAUUGCGCGCGUUCUUCUCGUUUGACAAGUGUUGUGUUGUGUAUCACCGGUGUGCUUAAUUACAAAACAUCGUUUACAAAAUGGGUGUUACCGUAUUACAGCAAUAUCCGAUGAUAGAGAACAGAACCGGCCCUCAAACGAUCGAGUUUCUGACGAAACGUGUUGUCGCCCUCGGUGCUGUGCAAACCGGACAAUUCCUUGUGGAUUGCGAGACGUACGUGUCGGUGCCGCAGUUGGGUGUUCAAAGGACACUGCACGUUCUCCACAACUCCGAACAGCCCGCCUCAGUGUUCGCCAUUUUGGAAUCAGGAAACAAGGUGGUUCCACUCAUAGCCGACGGACUAUUCGAUCUAUUAAUGUACAAAAUAUCAAGCAUUUACACAAACAAGAUGCAGAAGGUGGAAUCGAAAGGUCCACGAUUCGAAAUCGGCGAUUUCUGCGUGAAACUUGGCAGCGUGACAAUUAAUCAGAAUUUCAAAGGCGUCCUCGUCGAGGUGGAGUAUAGACCCUGCGUUGUUCCAGGAAGUGCAUGGGAAUUGAUGCGUGAAUUUUUGCAAGGGUUCCUUGGAUCUACAGUGUCCAAUCAAGCACCACAAUAUUUACAGAACCGAAUGAACGAUAUUUAUCAACCCUUGGAUACCAUUCAACAAUAUUUGGAACACUUUGGACAAUACAGGAAGGCCACAGCUGUAAUUUAAGAGUUUCCAUUUAAUUGACUAAUUAAUGUACUUCAUGCUUUCUUUUGAACUAUCAAGUUAACUUUUAAUUAAGUCUAACUUGAUAACUUUUAAGUUAUUCAGUGUUCAUACAAUAUGAGUGUACUUCCAAUAAAUGUUUGUGAAUGACA